AUGAACUGCGCUACUACUUCGUUGGAAAGAAGCAUGGCUCUUGAGGCUCCGAAUUCAAAUGCUGAGCGAACAGAGGAUCUGAAAGCGCUUGAAGCUGAAGAGCCAGAAACGACUAGUACGACGGGGCAACUCCUCAUGGCUGAAGUGGAUGAGCAGAGUGAUUAUGCGGACGUCGAUUCCGACGGAGCCCCACCAACGUGCGAUAAUUCCAGCCAAUGGCCUGGCUCAUCCACCGAGUCAGAAUCCUUCGAGGGUAGCUAUCACGGUCUUCUUGACUAUUCGUCUGAUGUAGAGCAGCUUUACGAGCAAUCGCAGACCUUGCUCUUCACUAUCGGAAAAGAUAAUUUUAUGCAUGUUGAAGCAAGCCCUCAGAGCAGUCGAUUGGUAGACUUCGAUGACGAAAGCUCUGUGUGCGAGCCGCGGGGACCAUUCGUUAUUCUCGAAAAGUGCCAUUAUGAUGGCAAAAUGGAGACUGAAUUAUACCACAGAAUGGCAAAGGCAAAGGAUUACGUUGCAGUUACGGAUGAGGAUGUUAACUCGGAUACUGAACCGGACGAUCCGGCACAUCAGGGGUUUCAAAGUCUUGACCACGAAACGUUCUUCUCUGUCCGCCACCCCAAUUGUCUCCUCUCCGAACGACCCAAAUACGGAGGUUUUGACCUUAGGUUUCUCAGAACUUGUAAAAGGUUAUACGACGAAGCAAAAUUUCUUCAUCUUCGAGAAACGACUUUCUCAUUCCGGUAUCCCCAGAUUUUUGACAACUUUGCGACAAACAUCAACUGGAUACAACUGGAAAAUGUGCGCUCGUUGCAUUUCGACAUCUCUUCCGUCUGCGAUAUGGAAGGUUGGCCCUACUCUCUCGAAGAGAAUAAGGUCAACAUGUUCCCGUCGCUUCAGUCUUUAUCCAUUUGGCUUGAUCUCCCACUGGAUCUUAGCAGUAAGGACCGAACCAAGGAUUACAUGAAAUCAAUGAUCUUCGAUGUCUACUACAAAAAACCAUUUUGUCUUUUCAGAAAGUGUCCAUUGAGAAAGGUUAAGGUCAUCUUGAAUCCUGGAUUUUUCCCGGGGAAGAAACUUCCUGAGGGGCACAUUUCGUGGGCAGAUGUGGGAUUGUGGUGCAGGGAAUUUGAGGACCGUUUGUUGCUGCCGUGGAAAGGGCCAAUUGACCUUCUGGAUAACUGA